AUGCCGCUUUCCAUGGCUUCCAUUUGGCUGCUCUGCGCGGUAGCGCCUUGCUCCGCGCACGGCGCCGUUCCCGGUGCGUCCGGCGCUCCGGCGCUUGGCCCCGCGGAGCGCGCGCGGCGCCUGGUGGCGCGGAUGACCGUGGCCGAGAAGCUCAGCAUGCUCCACGGCCCCGCGGGCGGAAGUGCGCAAUGCAGUGUGAGCCCUCGGUGUGCCUAUGUGGGGAAUGUGGCGCCCAUCGAACGCUUGGGCAUCCCUCCCAUCAACAUGAACGACGGCCCUCAGGGCUUUCGAACGGCGGAUGCUCAGAAGGGCACCUCCACGGCCUGGCCGGCGGGCAUCACCCUGGCGGCGAGUUGGGAUGAAGCGGCGGCCCUGGAGUGGGGUCGAGGCAUGGGCAAGGAGUUCUACGACAAGGGAUCGAACAUCCAACUGGGACCUGGGCUCAAUGUGGCCAGGGUGCCUGUGAACGGUCGGAACUUCGAGUAUCUCUCAGGCGAAGACCCUUACCUGGGCUACCGGAUGGUGCAGCCGGUGGUGAAGGGCAUUCAAUCACAGAAGGUCUUGGCGAACGCCAAGCAUUUCAUCCUCAACAACCAGGAGACCAAUCGUGGAGCAGUGAGCGCCGAGACGGAUGAGCGGACACGGUUUGAAGUCUACUAUCCGCCCUUCGAGGGGGCGAUUGAGGCUGGUGUGGCCUCUGUGAUGUGCAGUUACAACAAGAUCAACAACGUCUACAGCUGCGAGAACCCCACCACGCUCCGGGAGCUCCGGUCUCUGGGCUUUGAAGGCUUCGUGAUGUCGGACUGGGGCGCGGCGCAUUCCACCUCCAUCGCCGCCGGCUUGGACGUGGAGCAGCCAGGACAAGACUGGAUGAACGCCGAGCUCCUGGAAGCGGCGCUGAAGUCCGGGGCCGUGAAGGAGGCGCAGGUGGACGAUUCGGUGCGGCGGAUUUUGACGCAGCUCUAUGCCAUUGGAGUGAUGGAUGAGCCGUUGGGCACGUGGGACUGGCGCAACCGCCUGCGCAACGUGACCACAGCCGCCUCGGUCGCGUCGGCGCGAAAGCUCAGCGGCUUGGGCACGGUGCUGCUGCGCAACGAGGGACAGCUGUUGCCCUUGCGAAAGACUGGCCAGCGCGUUGCAGUCAUCGGCCUGGCGGAUGAGAAGGCCAUUUAUCAUGCUGGUGGGUCUGGUAGCGUGGAGCCCUCGUUUGUGUCAACGCCCUUGCAGGGCAUCACCGAUGCAGCGAAAGCCUUAGGGAGCCAGGUCACCUUCGAUGAUGGCAGCUGCGCCCUGCGCGCGGCAGCCUUGGCGAAGACGAGCGAUGUGGUCUUGGUCUUCGUGGGGACUCUGUCGGCGGAAGGCAGCGACCGUGGUUCCUUGUCGCUGGACGUGGGCGUUGACUGGCACAGCCAGAACGCGCUCGUCGCCGCGGUGGCCUUGGCUGCUGGUGCCAAGACGGCCGUCGUGGUGACCACGCCCGGGGCGGUGCUGCUGCCGUGGUCGAGGGAGGUGGCGGCCAUUGUGUCGAACUUUAUGCCCGGCCAGCAAGCAGGCAAUGCGAUUGCGGACAUUUUGUUCGGCCACGUGAACCCAUCUGGGAAGCUGCCUCUGACGUUUCCGAACCACGACAACGAGACAGACUUCUCUCCGGCGCAAUAUCCUGGACUCCCCAAUCCAAGGGUUCCGUUUUACGCCUUCUACACCGAGAGGCUGCUCGUGGGAUAUCGCUACUACGAGCAUCACAACAUCAGCUUUACCACAGGUUUUCCCUUUGGACAUGGCCUGUCAUACACCAGCUUUGAGUACUCCCAGCUCGACAUCCAAGGAACCUUGGGCGGCAUGAAGGUGAGCUUCCUCGUGCGAAACACGGGUUCUCUCCCAGGUUCCGAGGUGGCGCAGCUCUAUCUGUACUUCCCGGAGGCCGCCGGCGAGCCGCUGCAGCUGAAGGGCUUUCAGAAGACCUCCACGCUGGCGCCCGGAAGCGCUCAGGAGGUCUCCCUGCUCCUGCGGCCGCGCGAGCUGUCGAUUUGGAACAAUGGAGAGCAUAGGUGGAUGCCCGUGGAUGGCCGAUUCCAAGUGAGGAUCGGGUCAUCUUCCAGAGACAUUCGCAUCAAAGGUGAGUUUUUCUAUGGGACGCAGGCCUUCGUGUAG